CAAUGUGUGAAUCCAUAUCAAUGAUGGAUGUGAUCGGAGGCAAAGACAAGCACAUGAUCUCCGAGGAGAACCGAUUGAAGUCUUUCAUGGAUUGGCCCUUCAGUUCGGGUCAAUGCACGAGACAUACGGUGAGUGCGAGUGGUUUCUAUCACUGCAAUAUGUCUGGAGAGAGGGAUGGCGUGCGAUGUUUCUGUUGCUUCAAAGAGUUGGACGGAUGGGAUGAGACGGAUGUGCCUCUCGUUGAACACAAACGCAAUAAUAACUGCUAUUUCGCUAAUUUAGGCAAAAGUCAGUCCAAACUUACGAUCAAAGAGUUCCUUAAAGUGAUGGAAGAGCGAGAGGUGAACCUAAUGAACAAACGCAUUGAAGCUAUGAUUGAAAUGGAGAAGAAAACGGCCACUGAUUUGGGUCUCAACGAAGAUGACAAUUAGUGCCACAAACCAUCGCUCAACUCAUGAAAAUAUCCAUU